CUUCAUUUAAAUGUACAACGGAGACACGUUAAAAUAUAAUUGGUUAUGGCAUUGCCGGCAAGACCACAUGUUUUCUUAGGAAUUUUUGCAGUUAUUCAGAUUAAAUUCACCUUACAGGAAUUGCCAUCCAGUGGGGUCUCCUGCUUUACGUUUGAAGGGCUCUCCAAGCAAGAGAGUGCUGGUGUAAACCUCAAGCUUUACAAUAAAAGAUGGAGAAGAUGGACUCUCUCAUCCAAACCAGCGGACGAGAUCAGUCAGAACCAAGAUCUGGAACAUUAUGAAAAGCACGGCAGAUUGGAUUCAGAGCGCUUUCCAGAAGUUGUGACAAAUGAGAGUCAUGAUAACUUAUCCAUUAAGAGAGAUAUGGAUCAUAUCUACUACACUUCCAAAUUCUAUGGGUCCACAGAUAGUCCAGACAAGGAUUUGUGGGUAAAUAUUGAGCAAAUGGAUAUGGGAAGAGUUCAUGGAAUUCUUUCCAACACACAUCGGCAAACUUUGAGAGUGAAUCUAUCCUUCGAUUUCCCUUUCUAUGGACAUUCAUUAAGGGAAAUACAUGUAGCCACAGGGGGUUUCAUCUACACUGGAGAUGUCAUCCACAAAAUGCUGACUGCUACCCAGUACAUUGCUCCUCUCAUGGCUAAUUUUGACCUCAGCAUCUCACAGAAUUCCACAAUCAUGUACUGUGAUAAUGGCACAGCUCUUGUUGUGCAGUGGGACCAUGUGUACCUCCACGAUGCAUCUCAUUGCGGCAGUUUUACCUUCCAGGCAGCUUUAUACAAGGAUGGCAGAAUCACCUUUGCAUAUAAAGAGGUUCCCAUUGACAUUAGCAAAAUCAACUCGGUGAAUCAUCCUGUGAAAGUUGGGCUCUCUGAUGCAUUUGUGGUUCUUUAUAAGAUUGAACAGCUUCCCAAUGUUAGAAGAAGAACAAUAUAUGAAUAUCACCGGGUAGAGCUCUUAAAAUCCAAGAUCGCAAACGUCACUGCUGUUGAGAUGCUUCCUCUACCAACCUGCCUUCAGUUCUCCAGCUGUGAGACGUGUGUUACGGCUCAGAUCGGCUUCAACUGUAGCUGGUGCAGUCGCCUACAGAGAUGUUCCAGUGGUUUUGACCAGUAUCGUCAGGACUGGGUUGACAGUGGGUGCUUAAUUGAGACAAAGAACCAGAGCUGUGACAGAAAGCAGCCUGUCAUUAGAAGCAGCACUCCGGCGGUGCAGACAGGAGUGACGGAAGUGUCUAUAACUACAACAGCAUCACCCACAUCAGCCUCCUCAGUCACCACCAAACUGACCAGCACACCCUUAUUCAUAAGAACCCUUCCCACCAGCAUCCUCGCUGACGACUCUCAGAAUCAGAUGGACAUUAUAGAGAAGCAAACAGAGGAGCAGAUGCAGACUGGUCUGCUCAUUGGCAUCCUCAUCACUAUGGUCCUCAUGGUGGUUGCUGUGUUGGCCACUAUAUACAUGUACUAUCAUCCCACCUCCAGCGCCAGUCUCUUCUUCAUAGAGAGACGACCAACACACUGGCCUGCCAUGAAAUUUCGACGGGGUUCAGGACACCCGUCAUAUGCAGAGGUAGAGGCCAUGGGACAGGAUAAAGAAGGAUUCAUCGUGAUGGACCCUCGAGACAGUUUUCUUGUGUCAGACAGGAGAGAAAGCAUGUUUCUGACGGACCAGAGAGAAGGAUUUAUUGUGGGUGACCAAAGAGAACGUUUCCUUAUCAUGGAACGCCGCUAAGGUUUAUGAAUUAGCUCCUCUGUUUUUUAGAGGAAGUUGCACUGGAUGCUGGGAUGAAUGUGGUAUUUGUUUGACCUUAUAACAGUGAGUACUUCAAAUGUGAUUGAUCUAUUCACACAGAAGUGCAAUGUAAACAAUGUGGACACAUAAAUGUUUUUUUCCAACACAGUGAAGCCAGUGGAAUUGCAGCGCUCAGGGAAAUCCUUCACAACUGAGCUUUUAUUUAAUUUCUCUCCAGAGGCCCCCUUUAAACCAGGGUCUGAUAAUGUUCCUGAGAGUCCCUUUGUUGGUGUCUCUCUUCUAACCAGAUGGGUCAUUAAAGCCUGUGUAUUGCAAACACCUCACAGAACUUCCUGUUUAAAACAGGGAAGCCUGAAUGAUAUAUAAGAAAUACCUUUAUACUCUGAUCGCCAAAAAUCCAAAUUCAUGUGGAUAAUGUUAAGGUACAGUUAUAGAAGAAUCUUAAAACUUUGAUAGUUCUUUGAAAUAUUUUGCAGUGUAUCAGAGAAACACUGAGAUACAAUUGAAAAGUUGAUCUAACACACACACUACACAUAUAGCAUUACUUAAACACACAUCCAAGGUAAUCUCAUGAAUUGCAAUAGUAACCGUACAUGCCUCAGUUAAUGUCAUCAUAAUAUCUGUGCUUUGUAUUUGUAAUAU